UUUUAGAUUAUCUAAUAUUUUUAAUAACUCUAAAUAAUUGAUGUUGAUAUUUCAAAUUUGGAGAUUUCACAAAUAAAGUUUGGGAAAUUUCACACAGUAAUAAUAAGGCAAUUAAUGAUCUGACUGUAUAAAUGGCUGAAAUUAAAGUUUUAACUCUAAAUGUAUGGGGUUUGCUUUAUAUAUCUAAAGAUGUUGAAGAGAGAAUGGAUGCUUUAGCAGAAGAACUCAAAAAUGGAGAAUAUGACAUAAUUGCUUUGCAAGAAGUCUGGGUUUAUCGUCAUUUUGAACUAAUUUGUGCUAAAACAAAACAUGUUUAUCCAUACUGUCAUUAUUUUCACAGUGGUUUUCUUGGAUCUGGAUGUGCAUCAUUGUCUCGCUAUCCUAUAAUUGAUACAUUUUUUAUUCAAUACAAGUAUGGUGGAAACUUCUGGAAUGUAUUUUAUGGUGAUUGGUUUGCAGGGAAAGGUCUUGGCUGUAUUCUUAUUCAACACCCUCUAAAAGAGAUAUAUGUAUUUAAUACCCAUUUACAUGCAUCUUAUCCAAAUGAUUCAUUUAAAGAAUGCCGUACAUUGCAGCUUUACCAAACCACACAAAUAUUAAAACACAUGACUCGUCCAAAUGAUGCUGUUAUUUUUUGUGGUGAUUUUAAUCAUACUCCUGAUGAAAUAGGAAUAAAAGCACUCUCAUUGUUAACCAACUUAAGUGAUACUUAUGAUAUUGCAUCAAGCAAGAUAUCUUUGUGCCACACAAUUAAUCCUUUAUCAAAUAGUUACCUAUCUAGUGAAGAAAUACCAUCUCGUAUUGAUUAUACUUUUGUAAGCAAACAUUUUCAAUGUACUAGAUGUGAUCUUGCAAUGCAAAAAAUUCCAGGAAAAUCUAUUAAUUUUUCUGAUCACGAGGGGUAUGCUACAACAUUAAUAUUUGAUCCUAAAGUGGAUAGUGUCGAAAAUUUAGAGAACCCUACUUAUUACAAUAUGCUUAAAACUCUGCAUAAAGUAAUUAUGGAAGGUGAAUUGAGAGCCAAUAAAGUUCAUCGACGAAAGAUUGGGCUUGUAAUUCUCUUAGUUCUUUUUGUGUUUAUGCCAAUCAUUUUUACAGAUAUUUUUUGUUCUAUAUUUCCUAGUAUUUCUACGUUUAGUGGUAAAAUUGUUUUUAUCGUUCAAAUUGUUUCUGCUAUUUUUUGUACUGCAUAUGCAUGGAUAGUUAUAGUAUUGCGGCGCAUUGAUUCAAAUUCAUUCAAAGACGUCAUGUUAGAAAUUCACUCUAAAAUCAUGACAAUUGAGAAAAAUAAUAUUAAUAUAGUAUCAAUGGAGACGUCAAACAGCAAAAAAUAUCAUUAAAUCUUGUUUUUUAAAAAAAUAUUAAAUUGUUUUGAUAGCUAAUCUUCUUUCACUUGAUUUUUUUUUUUUAUCAAAAGUUGCAGGUUAGCUUUCCGUAAAUUUUAAAUAUAUUUAUUCUCUAGUAACGUUAUAUGGAAAAGCGCUAAAUUUUAUUAUUGAUCUUUUCUAUAUUUUAAAACAUCUU